AUCACUAGAAGAUCAGCCUCAGUGGCCUUUCAGGUAGUUUCCCGUUUUGGAGGCGGUGGUGGUCAGGGUAGGGAGUUGGGGGGUAGGGCGAGGAUGAAUCCUCACGACCAAUUCUAAGUCGCUCCUCCCAGCCACUACCUCUCCACCCUCCUCUUCCGCCAGCCUGGUCCCUGAGGGGAGCGAGGGGGCGGGCCUAUCUCGCCUGGCCAAUUGCCUUUCGGAGUUGUUGGUGUCUCGUCCCCCGACCUCCUGCGCAACGCCUACGCUCCGCCCCUGGAUUACACUUCUCCUCCCCCUCCCCCUACGGUUAAGCAGAGUGUUGAGCGCUUGCGCGUGUCUUGAUAGGCUUGAACUGAGGAGUGGGGUCUGCGGUAGAGUAACGCGGAGCCACCCCCUGUAGUUGGAGCUAACGGCUGGUAGACGUUCCUGCCAUGAGCCAUCUGUGGGAGGAUGUGUCCCUCACCUUCUCUCAGAUCUCCAUGUUUCCCUUCUUCGAUAUCGCUCAUUACCUGGUGUCAGUAAUGUCGAUGAGGGGGCAGUCCGGAGCUAUUGCAUUGGCAUGGAAUAAUCCUUUUGUAAGCUGGUUUAGAGCUAUGUUGUAUUGCUUUGGAGGGGGAAUUUUGUCUUCUCUACUGCUUGGAGAGGCUCCAACAAAAUUUCUUGAAAAUAGCACUAAUGUCUUAUUGGCAUCUUCAAUCUGGUAUAUUGUAUUUUAUUGCCCAUAUGACAUAGUUUACAAGUGCUAUCGUUUCCUGCCUGUUCAACUCAUGGCUACAGGAAUGCGGGAAAUGGGCAGAACUUGGAAAAUCACAACUGGAAUCACACAUGCUAGUAGCAAUUACACAGAUGCCUGGAUGGUGUUGAUAGCUGUUGGAUGGGCCCGAGGUGCUGGUGGUUCAGUAAUCAUAAAUCUGGAACAGUCUCUAAGAGGAGUUAUAAGACCUGAAUCUAACAAAUUGCUGGAGCUGUCCCAUUCUGCAAAGAUAAGUCUGUUGGGGGCAAUUCUCUUUACAUUACAACACACAGGGGAUCUUCCAGUUCCAAAACAUACUCUUAUGUUUUGCUUCACUUUAUUUAUCGUUGUCAUAUCGCUAAUCAUGCUGCUUACUGAGUGUGGCUCUUCUCCCCUCUCUCCUUUGGAAGCUAUGCUGAGUCGAAUGUUAUUUGGCUCAAGGCAGCAGCUGUUUCCGGGAGAGCCCCAAAAGAAAUUGAAAUCAUCUUUCAGUGGUGUAAAAGAAGAGAACUCAAGCUCUGCUUCAUCUAAUGUUGAAAAUGAGAUACGUAAUAAAAAAAUGGAAUAAAUUCAUCUGACGAGCUCAAGGUUGCCAAAAACAUUUUCUUGUUUACCUCACAAAUUGUGAUAAAUAUUUCUAUCGUAAAUGAUGUGAAGUAAGGAUUAUAUGUAAGGACAUGCAGGUGACAAAAAGGAACUAUUAUAUUCUGCUUGAGAGGGAUACUAGUAGCCCUUUAAAAGUGACAUUUGAUUAUUAUAAUUUCUUGGAUGAUAUGAGUAUAUCAUGUAAAAUGUUUUUCUAAGUUAAAUACAAAAGAUUCUAUUGUAAUCAUAUUUAAUAGUUUUGUAUUGAUGAAAUAAGACUAGCAUUUUUUACAAGUGUUAGGAAAAUAAAUCGAAAAGGUAGUUUAAAAUACUGAAAAAUAAAUGUCUUCAUUUUCCCUUAGCAUUUUUCAUGUACCUUGAAAAAUUUACAUAUGAAGUGUACUUUUAGUUCACACUGCUAAUUACCUUCUAGAAUUUAAAGCUGUGAAAGCUUGUCAACCAUUUAAUUUGAGCAAUUAAGAGAGAGAAUAAAACUACUAAGGUAUUUAACAUUAUGAGUGAAAUCAUAUUAUCAUUUGUUUCAGAUACAUAUCUCUUGUCCAUAAAAUAUAUCUGAAAUUUUAGAUAAUUAUUUUAUUGAACUUGCAUAUUGGUAAUGUAGAGUUCCAACUAAAAUAUCUCUUCUUUUUUAGAAAAAAUAAAUCAGGGAUUUAAUUUUUCACUAGUUAAUCAUAUUUUUCACUCUAAGAAUUUGACCUUCCUUUUCUUUCAGAAGUACAUUUACUACCUAUAAGAGAAAUUAUCAAUUGUUAUUAACAUUUCACAUAAUUAAGAAAAAAAGGCUAAACAAUUGAAACUGAGUACUUUGUGGAAGUUGUCAUCUUAAAAGUAUUAUCCCAACCUUAGUUUUGUCAUUUUAAAAAAAAGAACAAAAAAAUCCCUUUAAUCUGUCUUUCUGUUGUGACCUUUUUGUAGUUAUUUGAACAUUACUACCAGUUUCCAAAACCAGUUUUCAUGCAUCUAGUGUUUAUAUAUGCAAAUAAAUGUGUCAUUUAAAUUAAAACAAGUUACCUCCACAUGAAAAUGUAACAUGCUUAUGUCUGAUGUCAGCUAUUUCUUUAAAUAACUUUUGGAUUUUGGGUUAUAACCAAUUAUCCAAAUAGAAUUGAUAAAAACACGUGAUAAACCAUUUGAAAAAAGAAUAAUGACAUUAAAUCUAAUUCCUUUUUGGCCAAAAAUUAAAAAAAUAAUGUUAGAUUUAUGUGCUUUGUACUGUGGUUUCAAGUGCCAGUUGACUCUUGAAGCUUAGUGAUGUAGUUUUAUUUACUAAGACUAUGUACUUAUUGCUAUCCAAAGGAUUGACAAUUACUGGGAAUUUUUGGAAUUAAAAUUCCUUCCAAGUAACUGAUUUAUAGAUAGCCAAAAUGCUUUAUUAUGAUAUAAACAUAACAGGUACUAUAAACAUUUGCAAAAGAACAAUGAAGCUUUCAUCUUUUUGAUAUGUAUGGAAUGGUAGGAAGCACAUUUUUAAUAUUUUGAUUUUUAAAAAGGCGUUGAUUAAGAGUCCUGUAUUACAUUUGAUACUCUUAGUAUUUUAACAUUUCACAGUAAUGGAAGAAAACUAAAUGUUGGGCUAAAUAACCUAGUCAUUUUUAUACUGUUAGUGUGUCACAAAGUGUUAAAAUUAUUCUUGAAGUUUGCAAAAUUACUGUAACUAAAACAGACAAUGUGCUGUUUUAUGUUUGUAUUAAAUACAGAUUUUUUAACAUUAAAGUAAUUUAUUCACCA